AGAAACAAGAGAACCCUAGUGCAGGCGAGGUGAGGGAGAAGCAAUUGCGCUUCUGCUUCUAGGGAGGAUGGCGGUGGAGAAGCUGGUGAAGGAGAAGCGCUUCUGGUUGGCCUCCGCCCUCGUCGCAUGGGCAGCCGCGCUCCAGGGGCACAUGAUGUGGAUGCAGCGCCAGGACGCCUUCAAGCACAAGUUCGGCGGCCUUGACGACGACGACGACGACCUUGCAGCCACCACCAACCUCACCGCCGACGCCUCUUCUUCUCCUCCUUAGAAUCUUAGAUCCAACCCUUUUUCCCAUCUCAUCUGUGGGAGCUUAAUUUGUAGCACUCAGUACUCCUGCGGUGUUAAUUAAUUGCAGUAACAAGUUGUAACAGUACAGCCAUCAAGUCAAGUUGAACACUGCACUGCUA